UACAGAGGGGGGUGGAAGAAGAAGAGGAGGAGGGAUGAACCACGCUAACAAACACAUUAAUUUAUCUAAUUACCCGGAUAAUGAUUUGGCUUUCCCGAUCCUGACGCUCCUGCGUCGGACCGAUAAUGAGCCUCAGCAGGGGAAACGUGUACCGGCAACCAGGGACCAGAGCCGUCCAACCCCGGGGGAGAGCAGGGAGGUUCCCCGUGCUGGCUUUAGUUGUUUAGACAGACAAGAAACAGGGGGUGGAUAUUUGUCUGAGUUUAUGGUUCCCGGGGGAGUCGUAGCUCAGAGGGAUUCCCUCAUCCGCUCUCCCCCCAGUGGCAUCACAGAAACACCCGGCCAACGAUCCGAGUCCAACAACGGCGCCGUCCCCAAAACCGCGUCACAAUAUUCUGGCCCGGUGCUCAAAACGCCCACUCAGACACAAACAGGCGAUUAUUCAGAAAGUGGAAAACUCUCCGCACAGCUCCGUCUAUCUGCUGAAAAAGUGAGCGCAGCCUCGCAGACAGAGUCUGCCGGUGACUCAGGGUUUUUCUCGCUUGUUAAGUUUCCCGUUACGUCUCCCGGUGUUGUUGUGUCAGCCUUGGCUCCGGCUCGGCGUUUCCUCGCGCAGCCUGAUCCCAACGCAGUAAAACAGAUCUCAGAAUUUAACCUGAGUUCACGGCGGGGCGACUUUCCACCUGCGCUUCUCUCGCUCUCUGCGGCGGACGCGCUUUCAGCACCACGGACAGCUCCGCCAGACGCUCUGCGCGUCUUUUUGUGGAGCGGAUUUAACUCCAACAGUAACAACAACAACAACAACGAGGAAAGACAGAGCGAGGAGGUAGAUGGAUACGGUCGUGAGGAAGAAACAGAGAAAUCGCCGUGGUAUGAUGAGACGCAGCAGCAGGAUGUGUGGGAGAGUGCAUUGCGAGAGAUGGUCCACGCGAGGUGCGCUGACAGCGUUUCCACCGACUGCGCGGCCACCGCGCGUCAGGACCGAGUGAAAUCCAGCGAGCAAGUGCCAUUAGAGCCCCGAGGUGUCAGACAGGCAGAUAAGCGGCAGAUGGGGGCUGAGGGAGAAAGGGAGAAGGACGCAGAGAGGGAGGGAGAGGGCUCGCAGGGGUCCGCCGCUGCUGCUGCCGCCGUUUGGGGAGGAAAAUUACAGGUGGGGGAGGGAGAGAGAGAGGCGCGGCUGGUGGGAGGGAGUGAACCACGGGCUGUGCAGGAAGAUGAGGAGGAGGUGAGGGAAAUGGGAAUAACAAAGGCAAACCAGGCAGAGGAGAGAGAGGGAGGGAAGGGUCAGGACAGGGGCAGAAACACCGUUAUCACACAGUCAGAUAGCAGAGGAGGGGAAAGAGAAAGCCAAGUGGAUGAAAGCCAUGAAGAAAGAGAGGGGGGAGAGAGAAGGGUGGAGAAGGAGGAGGAGGAGGAGAAAAGGCACAGUUCAAGGGGAGAAAGGAGCCUAGAACGACUGAUAAUAAUAGCAGAUGUUGAUACCCCACAGCAAGAUAGAGAGAGGAAAAUUUUGAUGCCCUGGUCUCGAUCCAGACGUGCAGCCAACAGACACCCCCAUUUUUCCCAGUAUAACUUCCAAGUGCAAGUCGCUGAGAACCAGCCCCCUGGCACGUCUGUCAUUGUCAUGUCAGCCUCAGACCCAGACGCCGGGGAUUCAGGCAGGACAAGCUACUCAAUGGCCCCGCUGGUGAACAGUCGUUCUUCUGACUACUUCCACAUCCACCCAGACACAGGUCUCAUCACCACCACUCAGAUUCUGGACAGAGAACACAUGGAUCUGCAUUACUUCCGGGUCACAUCCACCGAUUAUGGCUCCCCUCGCCUCUCCGGCACAACGAUGGUGGCUAUAACUGUUGCAGAUCGAAAUGAUCAUUCUCCAAUAUUCGAGCAGACAGAGUACAGGGAAACCAUCAGGGAGAAUGUAGAGGAGGGUUAUCCCAUCCUGCAGCUGAGAGCAACAGAUUCAGACUCUCCCUCUAAUGCUAAUAUCCGGUACCGGUUUGUCGGAGAUUCAGCCACGGUAGCGCGGGCAGCUUUUGAGAUUGACCCUCGGUCUGGCCUCAUCACAACCCGAGGGUCAGUGGACCGCGAAACUAAUGAGCACUACACACUCCAGGUGGAGGCCAGCGACCAGGGGAAGGAUCCGGGGCCCCGCUCUGCCACUGUGAAAGUUUUCAUCACCGUGCUGGAUGAAAAUGACAACGUGCCACAGUUCAGCGAAAAGCGUUACGUGGUUGCUGUGAAGGAGGACGUGCGGCCACACUCUGAGAUCCUCCGUGUGAGCGCUACGGAUUUGGACAAGGACAGCAAUGCAGCUGUCCACUAUAAUAUCAUCAGCGGGAACAGCCGCGGGCAGUUUUCCAUCGACAGCGUCACUGGAGAGAUCCAGGUGGUUGCACCGCUGGACUAUGAAUCUGAACGGGAGUACACGCUCCGUGUUCGUGCACAGGACAAUGGACGUCCACCUCUUUCCAACAACACGGGAAUUGUCAGCGUGCAGGUGACAGAUGUCAAUGACAAUCCACCGAUCUUUGUCUCCACUCCAUUCCAGGCUUCGGUGCUCGAGAGCGCCCCCGUUGGCAGCUCAAUCCUCCACAUCCAGGCCAUUGAUACAGACUCUGGUGAUAAUGCUCGCCUGGAGUACAGGUUAACUGACACCAGCUCCGAUACACCAUUCGUCAUAAAUUCUGCCACUGGCUGGGUGACUGUUAGCUCCAUCCUUGAUAGAGAAUCUGUUGAGCAUUAUUUCUUUGGCGUGGAGGCCAGAGAUUACGGCAUGCCGCCUCUUUCUGCGACAGCAAGUGUGACCAUCACAGUGAUGGAUGUGAAUGACAACCGCCCCGAGUUCCUCCAAAAGGAAUACUACGCCCGUCUGAAUGAGGAUGCAGCAGUGGGUACCAGCGUGGUGACUGUAACGGCGGUGGACCGGGAUGUUAACAGCGCAGUGACUUAUCAGAUCACAGGAGGAAACACGAGAAACCGCUUUGCCAUUAGCACAGCAGGAGGGUCGGGGCUUCUCUCCUUGGCGCUCCCACUGGACUACAAACAGGAACGGCGCUACGUCCUGACUGUCACGGCCUCCGACCGCACCCUCCAUGACACCUGCCAGGUGCACAUCAACAUCACAGAUGCCAACACACACAGACCCGUUUUCCAGAGUGCCCAUUACUCUGUCAGUGUGAAUGAGGACCGGCCACCUGGAAGCACUGUCGUUGUGAUCAGUGCUACUGAUGAUGAUGUGGGUGAAAAUGCUCGAAUCACAUACUUACUUGAGGACAAUAUACCACAAUUUCGCAUUGAUCCCGCCUCAGGGGCCAUAACACUCCAGGCUGAGCUUGAUUACGAGGAUCAGAUGACAUACACUUUGGCUAUAACAGCUAAAGACAAUGGCAUCCCGCAAAAAUCAGACACAACAUAUGUUGAGGUGAAUGUAAAUGACGUCAACGACAACGCGCCUCAGUUCCUUAGUCCCAGAUAUCAGGGGACAGUGACCGAAGAUGCCCCUCCUUUCACCAGUGUCCUUCAGAUCUCAGCAACUGACCGUGAUGCACAUGCCAAUGGGCGUGUUCAGUACACCUUCCAAAAUGGGGAGGAUGGAGAUGGUGACUUCACCAUCGAGCCCACAUCUGGAAUUGUACGGACUGUACGUCGUUUGGACCGUGAAAGUGUGCCGUUUUAUGAACUCACGGCCUAUGCUGUGGAUCGCGGAGUGCCCCCACAGCGAACGCCGGUCCACAUCCAGGUCACGGUUCUGGAUGUGAAUGACAAUGCCCCUGUCUUCCCUGCCGAUGACUUUGAGGUCCUAGUGAAGGAAAACAGUGCUGUUGGCUCCGUGGUUGCGCAGAUCACAGCCACUGACCCAGAUGAGGGGGCAAAUGCUCAAAUCAUGUACCAAAUCGUAGAGGGAAACAUCCCUGAGAUCUUCCAGAUGGACAUCUUUUCAGGAGAACUGACAUCGCUCAUCGAUCUGGACUAUGAGACCCGCAAUGAGUAUGUUAUCGUAGUCCAGGCCACAUCAGCUCCCUUAGUCAGCAGAGCCACAGUCCGGAUUCGACUCGUGGACCAGAAUGACAAUGAACCCACUCUGCAGGACUUUCAGAUCAUUUUCAACAACUUUGUGUCGAAUCGGUCCAACAGUUUCCCCAGUGGGGUGAUUGGGAGGGUACCCGCCCAUGAUCCCGACGUGUCAGACAGGCUUCACUACACCAUCGACAGGGGAAACGAGCUUCGCCUGCUGCUUCUGAAUCACACCAGUGGAGAGAUCCGACUGAGCCGAAAACUGGAUAACAACAGGCCACUGGUGGCACCCAUGCAGAUCACUGUCACAGAUGGCGCUCACACCAUCUCGGCCGGCUGUGUUCUCCGAGUCCUCAUCAUCACCGAGGACAUGCUGGGCAGCAGCGUCACCGUCCGCCUCCAGAACAUGUCCCAGGAGCACUUCCUGUCGCCGCUGCUCAGCAACUUCAUGGAGGGCGUGUCGGCCGUGCUCUCGGUGCCCGUCGAGGACGUUUUCAUCUUCAACAUCCAGCCGGACCUGGACGCGGCGCCGGGAGGGAUCCUCAACGUCAGCUUCUCCGCAGCGCUGCCGGGCGGACACUUCUUCCCCUCGGAGGCCCUGGAGGAGCAGCUGUACCUGAACAGGCCGAGGCUGACGUCACUGACGCAGAUGGAGGUCCUGCCGUUCGACGACAACGUGUGCCUGCGGGAGCCCUGCCAGAACUACAUGAAGUGCAUCUCGGUGCUGCGCUUCAACAGCUCGGCCCCCUUCAUCUCCUCGCCCUCCAUCCUGUUCCGGCCCAUCCACCCCAUCGCCGGCCUGCGCUGCCGCUGUCCGGUGGGCUUCACGGGCGAUUACUGCGAGACGGAGAUCAACCUGUGCUACUCCAACCCCUGCCUGAACGGAGGGGUGUGCGCCCGCAGGGAGGGGGGCUACACCUGCAUCUGCCGUGAGGACUACACCGGUGACCGCUGUGAGUUCGACCGGCGGCAGGGCCGGUGCGUCCCGGGUGUGUGUCGGAACGGCGGGACGUGUCGGGAGCUGUCGGGAGGAGGCUUUCGCUGCGAGUGCCCCGCAGGAGGCUUCGAGCGUCCGUACUGCACCGUCACCGCCCGGUCCUUCCCGCCAAAGUCUUUCGCCAUGUUCCGUGGACUCAGGCAAAGAUUCCACCUCUCCAUCUCGCUAACAUUUGCGACCUUGGAGAACAGUGGCCUUCUCUUCUAUAAUGGACGCUUCAAUGAAAAACACGACUUCAUCGCCUUGGAGAUUCAAGACGGACAAGUGGUUUUCAAAUACUCCACAGGUGAAUCCUCCACUCAGGUGAGUCCCUUCCUGCCCGGUGGGGUGAGCGACGGAAACUGGCACACGGUUCACAUCCACUACUACAACAAGCCGAGGCGUAGUAUGAGCGGUGAGGCUCAGGGUCCGUCGGAUGAGAAGAUUGCUGUGGUGAGCGUCGACGACUGCGAUACGGCCUUGUCGCUCCGCUUCGGUACGCAGCUCGGAAAUUACAGCUGCGCUGCGCAGGGCAAACAGACCAGCAACAAGAAGUCUCUGGAUCUGACUGGUCCAUUGUUUCUGGGCGGGGUUCCUAAUGUGCCAGACAACUUCCCCUUCGGCACCAGAGAGUUUAUCGGCUGUAUGAAGGAGCUGCACAUCGACAGCAAACCUCUGGAUCUGGCUGGAUUCAUCGCAAACAAUGGAACAAUUCCUGGCUGCAGCGCCAAACUGCAUUUCUGCAAAUCCAACCCGUGUCAGAACGGUGGAACCUGCAGGGUGAGCUGGGAGACUUUCUCCUGUGACUGUCCUCUGGGAUACGGAGGGAAGGACUGCAGCCACGUGAUGCCACAUGCGCACAGGUUCCUGGGAAACAGCGCCCUCUGGUGGGACCUGAAGAACGACGUGACCAUCUCCACUCCCUGGUAUCUGGGCCUGGUGUUCCGGACGAGGGCUCGAGAGGGCACGCUGCUCCAGGCUCAGGCUGGACAGUACACCAGCCUGCUGUUCCAGGUGAUAAACGGUCAGCUGGUGUUCUCGGUGACCCGCGGCUCCACCAGGCCGGUGCGUUUGCGCCUGGAUCAGGUCCAUGUGGCAGACGGCCGGUGGCACGACCUCCAGCUGGAGCUGCGAGACGUCCGCAGCGGCAGAGAGACGCGCUACGUCGCCACGCUGCGGCUCGACUUCGGACUCUAUCAGGGAACGGUGAUAGUGGGAAAUGAGAUUCAUGGUUUGAAGGUGAAACAUCUGCAUGUCGGGGGAGUGCUGGGCUCCGGAGAGGUGCAGAACGGGAUUAAAGGAUGCAUACAGGGCAUCAGACUGGGUGUGCGGCCGGACGCCCCCGCCCUGCCCCGCCCGUCCAGAGCCGUCAAAGUGGAGACGGGCUGCAACGUGGGAAACCCCUGCGUCUCGUCUCCCUGUCCGUCUCACAGCCACUGCAGUGACCAGUGGGAGCGCCACACCUGCAUAUGUGAACCCGGCUAUUAUGGGAAAGGCUGCACCGAUGCUUGCCAUCUGAACCCGUGUGAAAACGACGCCCGCUGCCACAGGAAGCCCAGCUCCUCCCACGGAUACACAUGUGACUGUGGAGACAACCACUAUGGACAGUACUGCCAGCACAGGAUUGAUCACCAGUGUCCCAGGGGCUGGUGGGGCUCGCCGACAUGUGGGCCGUGUCACUGCGACACCAACAAAGGCUUCGACCCGGACUGCAACAAGACCAGCGGACACUGUCACUGCAAGGAGUUCCACUACCGUCCGCGGGGCUCGGACGCCUGCCUGCCGUGCGACUGCUACCCGGUGGGGUCCUUCUCCAGGUCAUGUGAGCCGGAGAGCGGCCAGUGUCAGUGCAGACCCGGGGUCAUCGGCCGCCAGUGCAACACGUGCGACAACCCCUUCGCCGAGGUCACGAACUCUGGCUGUGAAGUCAUUUACGACGGCUGUCCCAAGACCAUCACUCAGGGGAUCUGGUGGCCCCGGACCAAGUUCAACCUGCCGGCGGCGGUGCCCUGCCCCAAGGGCUCUGUCGGCGCCGCCAUCAGACACUGUGAUGUGGAGCGAGGAUGGCUGGAGCCAGACCUUUACAACUGCACCUCCCCGCCGUUUGUGGAGCUCAACGCUGCUCUGGACUCUUUAGAGCGUAACGAGACUGAGCUGAACACCAUCAUGGAGAAGAAACUUGCUCACCAGCUCCGCGACAUCACCGAGUCGACCACCCGCCUCUAUGGCAACGACUUGCAGAUCGCCGAGCGCCUGCUGUCCCGCCUUCUCACGUUCGAGACCCAGCAGAGCGGCUUCGGACUGACGGCCACCCAGGACGCUCACUUCAACGAGAACAUCCUGCGAGGCUGCAGCGUGCUGCUGGGCCCCAGCGCCUCCGGGCUGUGGCGGGUUCUCGCCCAGAGCCAGAACCACAUCCCGGGCGGCGGUCCGGCCGAGCUGACUGAGCUGCUCAAGCAGUACACCCAGAAUCUGGCUCAGAACAUGAAGCUGACCUACCUCAACCCCGUGGCGCUGGUUUCCCCAAACAUCGUCAUGAACCUGGACCGAGUGGAGAACCACACCCACGUGCGACGGCGUUUCCCGCGGUACCACACCUCUCUGUUUCGUGGUCAGGCGUUGUGGGAUCCCUACACCCAUGUGAUCCUGCCCCCCGCCGCCCUGGUGCCCCAGAGGCAGCAGCUGCACAGCUGGAAGGAGAAGGAGAAGGAGAAGGAGCGGGCGGAGAAGGAAGCUUCCACCCCUCAGAACGCGGCCUCGGCCCCGGUCGGCGUCUCAGCCAAUCAGACGAGAGAAUACACGGCAGCCAGGCGCAGCGUGUUACUGCCCGAGCCGCCCAUCACCAUCGUCAUCAUGUUGAUCUAUCGGAGUCUGGGCGCCGCCCUCCCGCCCAAGUACCACACGGACCGCCGAGGCGUGAGGCUUCCCCGUCACCCGGUAAUGAACUCCCCGGUGGUCUCCGUGUCCGUCUACAACAACCAGACGUUUGUCGGGGGACAUCUGGACCAGCCCAUCCUGCUGGAGUUCAAACUGCUGGAGACGGCCAAUCGCAGCAAGCCGCUGUGUGUCCAGUGGAACCACAGCAAUCAGUACGAGAUCGGAGGCUGCUGGACGGUCCGGGACUGCAUGGUGGUCUACAGGAACACCUCCCACGUGCGCUGUCAGUGCCAGAGACUGGGCACCUUCGGCGUUCUGAUGGACAGCUCGCACAGAGAGCAGUUGGAGGGCGAUCUGGAGACGCUGGCCCUGGUCACGUACUCCUCUCUGUGCGCCUCCAUGCUGGCGCUCCUGCUCACCGUGCUCGUGCUCUCCUGCCUGCGCGGCCUCAAGUCCAACACCAGGAGCAUCCAUUCCAACACGGCGGCGGCCAUGUUUCUGUCGGAGCUGGUGUUUCUGCUCGGAGUCAAUCACACCGAACAGCAGUUCUUGUGCACCGUCGUCGCCAUCCUGCUGCAUUACUUCUUCAUGUCCACCUUUGCGUGGAUGUUCGUGGAGGGCCUCCAUAUCUACCGGAUGCAGACGGAGCAGCGCAACAUCAACUUCGGCGCCAUGAGGUUCUACUACGCCAUCGGCUGGGGCGUGCCUGCAAUUAUCACAGGCCUGGCGGUCGGCCUGGACCCUGAAGGAUACGGGAACCCGGACUUCUGCUGGAUCUCCAUCUAUGAUAAACUCAUCUGGAGCUUCGCCGGGCCCAUUGCCAUCGUCAUCCUGAUGAAUGGCGGGAUUUUCAUGAUUGUAGCCAAGAUGUCCUGUAACCCGUCUCAGAAGGAGACCAAGAAACUCCCCGUCAUUGCUACGAUCCGUAAUGCCUUCCUGCUGCUGCUGGUGGCCACCUCCACUUGGCUCUGUGGCCUGAUGGCCGUGAACAACAGCAUCCUGGCUUUCUACUACAUAUUUGAUGUCCUCUGCCUCGUGCAGGGUCUGUCCGUCAUGCUGGUCUUCACUGUGUUCAACUCGGAGGUGCAGGAGGCCUGGAGAGUCGCCUGUUUGGGGAAGAAAAGUCCAGGAGAAGACCCACCCAGACCCCCACAGAACACUGCUCAGAAUCCCUACCACAAUGCAUCGCUGCUGGAGCAGAGUGGACUGCAUCGCAUCACGCUGGGUACCUCCACCAUCUCAUCCGUCAGCUCUGCCAGAGAAAACCUUUUGGCUCGUCAGACUUUAGAUCAGAAUAUUGUCCAAACUGGAGCAACAGAUCUGGAUGUAGCCAUGUUCCACAGAGAUGGAGGGGAGGACUCGGAUUCGGACUCCGACCUCUCCAUGGAGGAGGAGCGCAGCCUCUCCAUCCCGUCGUCCGAGAGUGAAGACAACGUGCGUCUCCGCGGGCGCAUCCAGCGCCGCUUCAAACGCUCCAAUCACGGCGAGCGCCUGCUCACCGAGCCCACCAACAACGACACCAAAGAUCUGGACGGCAACGACCUUCUGUCCUACUGGCCAGCGUUAGAGGAGUGUGAGACACACACUCUGCAAAAGUGGGGGUCAGAGCGCCCCCUGGGGGGAGACUAUAGCAAAGACGCCGCCAACAACAACCAGCAAGAUGCGGCUCUCACCAGUGGAGACGAGAACGGGCUGGGGCAGCCGCACAGGCACCGCAAGGGCAUCCUGAAGAACCGUCUCGGCUGUCCUCCGGCACUCCAGGGUCUUUCCACCAUGGGCCGGGUACCAAGUGAGCUCAACUGGUACCGGACCUCCACUCUGGGCCACCGGGGCGUCCCUGCAGCCUCGUACGGUCGGAUGUACUCGGCCACCGCUGGUGCAGGUGGAGGCUCUGGCUCUCUUUCCCAGCCGGCCUCUCGAUACUCCUCCAGGGAGCACCUGGACUCGCUCACCCGGCGGCAGCUGUCCAGGGAUCCGCUGGGGAGACAGACUGUGGGGGGGUCGAGGGACCGGCUGGACUCUCGGGGCUCCAGGGACAACCUGGACCUCUUACCCAGGAGGAGAGAGUUGGGGCUGGGACAGGGAGCGGGCCUGGGGGGCCUGGACCACCAGCGUGUUUCGUCCUCCAGGGAGAACUUGACGGGGUCCAGGGACAGACUGGACAACCACCACGCCACCAGCUUCCACGCCUCCAGAGAGGACCUGCGGGGAAGCGGGGCGGCCGGGAUGGAGGGAUACCUCAGCGGGUCGAGGUCGCACUUGAAUUCGUUGACUCGACGCCAGGCGUCGUCCCGGGAGCACCUGGGAGGGGCGCUGAUGAGCAGCAGGUCCAGGGAGCAGCUGGAGACCAACGGAGGGGGGGCCCCGGCCGCCCAGCCGUGCCGGGAGUGGCUGCGCACGCUGCCCCCCCGCCAGCCCUCGCACCCCGACCAGCCCCCGUCGUCCUCCCCUCCCCCGAUCUCCGAGGAGCCCCAGCAGGAGCAGCUCCCCCCUUCAGCCCACGCCAGGGGACGGCUGGACUCCGCCCCUCCGUGUAGGUACCCCGGGCAGACUGGGCCUCAGGUCGCAGGGUCCAAUCCGUGCGCCCUGGGCAGACAGCCAUCUAGUGAACACCUGGAUAUUCUGUCCUCCAUCCUGGCAUCUUUUAAUUCCUCCGUUCUCACCCCUCCCCCUGCUGCCUCGAACCCUGGUCCUAACGGAUCCGUGCACGGACCCUCCCCCUCCCCACCCCGGUCUGCAACCUCCCACAGCAUAUCCGAAGUGUCGCCUGACUCAGAAGCCAACAGAAGUGAAGGACAGUCUUGAUGACAGCCUCCAUAUCCCAUAAUGCAAUGCAGCAAUGCAGAGGACGCAAGAGACAGACGCUCAGGUCCGGAGCCACUGAUACACACCUGGGACACUAAUGGAAAAUAUAGACAAAGGCGAUCCAUCAGUUAAAAAAAAAAAAAAAACAUUUGUGAGGGCAGGUAAAGGAUAAAGUGAGUUUUUAAGAGUCCCACUGCCCACAAUGCACUACCAUAGUUCUUCGGACGAUGAGUCAACCACCUCGACUACCUAAAAACUGUUACAAACUCAGACACAGAUCAGUCAAAACAGAACAAACAAACAAAAAAAAGAAGAAGCAACUGUAAAUAACAUUUUUAUACAUUUUGUAUCUUUUUCAUUGGAGAUGAAGACAAAAUCUUGUGUUUUUUUUUUUGUUUUUUUUUUUAACGCUUGUGUCUGUGUGCGGUUGUGAGUGAGGUUGGUGUGGGUGAAGUCUUGUCUGUUGCUGGGCAGGCAGGGAGAGAAAUGUCCUUUACAAAAAAAAAAGAAAACAAAAGAAAAAAAA